AUGAAGCUGGAGUCUGGUUGGUGUCUCAAGCUGGCACUGCUGGUUUUCGGUUGCUUCUUUACAUUGCUCGGGAGCGUGCUGGUGAGGCAUGCGGAAGUGUUCGUCCAGCGGCACGCGCGGCGACAUCGGAUUGCCGGCCUUUGCUAUUUGGCAUGGCUCGUGGCGGGGUUUGUGGACCUUGUGAGCCCGAUUAGCAUCAAUCGGGCGAUGUACCACUUGGUUCUUGGUGUGCUUGGCGUGACUGUGACGCUCACCGCCGCGUUUGAUUUCAGAUUCCACGACCGGGUGCGGAAUGUGGCUUCGGGGACGCUAGAGAAGCACGCCACCGUGACCUUCUCGGAGAUGAUCGAGCACAGCUUCUACCAAGGCCUCAACUUGGCACAGAUUUUGAUGUUUCAUGCGCUCGAGCAACGACGGUGGACCUUGUGGCAGCGCUGGGCGAUGCUUGCUUUGGUCACUGCGCCUUGGCUCUUCCGCUCCCACUUUCCGGUCAACAGCUUUUCCAAGAAUUAUCACUCCGUGCCCCUUCAAAAGUACAGCGUCGAGCUUCUUUUGUACCGGAUCAAGAAGUGGCAGUACGUGUUCUACAAGCAUGCCCUGCUACACGGCCUCAAUGUGAGCGUGGCCCUGUCGCCGAGGCCAAUCAAGAUCACAUCAAAGCCGCUCUUUCAACUGUACUGGCUGGCCCUCAACACGUCAUAUGUAAUGGAGUUCUUCUUGCAGACCCUUGUGAAGAAGGGCAAGCUGAGCCAAGGCAGCCACCUUUGGCUGCAGCGCCUGCUUAUGAGUGUGUCUUCCAUCGCUGCUGCAUAUGUCUUGUUGGACUUUGUGUACCUCCCCAUCGAGAUGGAGGCGCUGCAGGGCCGCUGGGUGGCCAGAGCGGCCACCUGCGAGGCGCUGCAAGAGGCGCUGCAGACGCGGCCUGCGGUUCUGCACAUCUCUGCGCACACCUUCUCGGCAAGGCGGCUGCUGCUGCUGGAGGACGGGGUGAGCCAAGCGCACGAGCUGAACGUGGAGCAGCUCGAGAAGAUGGGCCCGUGGAAGGAGCUGGGGGUGCUGGUGCUGCACUGCUGCGGCUCCCAGUGGCUUGCGGAGCAUCUGGGCUGCCGCGCCCUCUGCUGCAGCGAGGAGGUGGACGACCGAGCAGUGUGCGUCUUCUGCCGCAGCUUCUACCUCUGGCUGCCGGAGGGUCUGCACACGGCCUUCGAGCGCGCUAAGAACGCGCUGGGCUUUGGGCCGGAUGUGGGCCUGCGCGCUGAGGCCAAGAAGUUUGUGCUGCUGCCCGGGAAGAAGGACUUCAGCCUGGGGCCCUGCUUGGGCACCGGGGUGGCGUGGCCAAAGCUGCCGCGCAUACAGGACUACUUCUGUGAGGUGCAAACCAUGCUGCAGAUUGCUGCUGCGCUGUCUGACGAGGGCCGCCGCCGUGCGAUCCUGCUGCUGGGCGGCCCGGGCUAUGGAAAGACGGCCUUCUGCCGGGAGUUCGGCUACCACUACUCCGGCCCGGGUCGCCUCUUCGGGAAUCGCGUGGGCUUCGCUGGCGGUCAGGCGCUGAGCAGGUCGCCGCAGUUGGCUCAGGAUCUGGAAGAGAUGGUGAGACAUGGCGACGAGCGCCAGCUCUUGGUCAUCGACGAUGUCCACUUGGUCGAGGACAAGGAAGGGCUGCGGUGCGCGCUGGAAGGCAUGUUGCAGAGACACCAUGCCCUGCGCCUGCUGCUGACGUCUCGCCAGAUGCUGGGAGGCAGCUGGGCGAUGCUGGACCACGGGAAGGUGGUCCAGGUGCACACGCCGGUGCUGUCCACUGAGGACUGCGCGGAGCUCUUCUUGCGGCGCAGCCACCGCAUCCUGAGGUUCGGGGACUUCGAGGAGGGUGGCAGCAAGGAGGUCGUGGAGCGCCUCAAAGCCAAGGAACUGCUGCAGUCCUUGGACUGGCUGAAGGCCUUGCGACACAUGCCAGGGCGACUGGUGGAGUGGGCUGCCGUUGUGAACACCUCGCUACCCAGCUUGCUGAAGCACCCAUUCCUGGCAUCGGAAGCUGAAGCGCGAGGUCUCGCGCGCAAAACGCGACAGACCCGGCUGUACUACAUCCGCGACAAUGCAGGUCUCUCCAAUGUGCGCUUGCAGUUCGAAACCCUCGUGGCGACUGCCGCAAUCUUCAACAAGGAGCUAAUGAUCCCGCCGCCCAGCACCAUCGACCACAUGGACGAGGCCUUCAUCGAAACCGAUGUCUACUCUGAGAAGGCUCUGCGUGAGGUCAUCAACUUCCAACUCCGACAAGGAGUGGAUUUGGUGCGCGACUGGUGCCCGCCCGACAGCUUCCACUUAGUGACAACUCGUAUCGAGGAGGUGGACUUUCGGACGAUCCCGCUGGACAAGGACUGGUGUUUCGGUCAGAUGGAGACGAGGAUCUCCCACUUCGAGUGUCUCCUGGGCAUCUCAAAUGAGCAGCGCACCGCCGCGACGCAGGCGGUCUUCAAUGGCCUGCAGAUUCGCGGGGACCUGCUGAAGGAGGCAGGGCAGAUCCUCCAGUCUCAGAAGCUUCAUCCUGGCAGAUACGCAGCAGCCCACAUCAGGCGCGCAGACUUCAGCUCUUUUCGACCAGAGCUCUUUCAGUCCAUGAAGAUGGAAGGCGGCAUGGGGGAGGUGCUGAACACCUACACCCACAACGUGCCCCUCAUCGUCGCGACCGAUGCGGCGCCAGGUGACGCCGCCUUUCAGGACAUUGUGAAGCAUGCCAAAGCAUCCAGGGUCUUGUCCACCGCCCAGAUGACCGGCGCGAAGCCGCGCACGCUGAAAGCGGCGCUGUUGGACCUGAUUCUUUGUGCAGAAGCGGGAACCUUCAUCGGUACGCCUGACUCGACCUUCUCCAACUCCAUCCACACCUUGCGUCGAAAGAUGGAGAUCUGCCGACAGCAGCCGGAUCCAGAGAGGCGAGCGGCAGUGUCCUUCCUCAGCGUGAAGCAGACGGUUCGCCGUGGGCAGCUGAAGCUUCAGAACCUUUGGUUCCAGGAGGGCCAGCUCAGUGUGGUGGGCAGGGCGAGCGCUUCGCAACUCCAGAUGCCACAGAAUCCGAUGAUGUGCUGGACCAAGGUGGCUCAGUUCUCAGAGCUCCCGCCUGGAGCGGCGCCCCUUGGCCUCGAGAGAACCGCGGUUUGUCGCGGGGUGCGCUCGCGCGGCGAGUCGCCAGAGGGGGGCGGGGCGCGGGCACGUCAAAGCGCGCUGCCCAGUUUCGGGCCGGAUCGACAUGGCAAGACAUCAGUGAAAGACGACAUGGCAAUCGCGGAGCAUCGCGGUCGCCGCGGCGGCGCGGCCUCCCAGACUCACCGAUGGCAUCUUGUCUCCGCACGGCGCUCGGGCGCUUCGGUCACGCCGGGGCAAAGUGACGUAGCUCCUGGCGCGUCCAGAGCCUCCACAGCCGCGGCCAAGGUGACCGCUGCAGCUGCUGCGGAUCGCAUGGCGCCCUUGAGCCGAGUGCAGGCAAUCCUCGAGACUCAACAGAAAGACUUCAAUAGUUCGAUGGAAGAGAUGCGAGACAAGAUUUGCUCGCUGAUGCAUGCUGGGCCACAGCAGGUGACCAGCAUGAACAGCGUUGCCACGAUCGCCACUCCCACCAGCUGUACGAACAGCGCGUGCUCCAGCAGACCAGCGAAGGCGGCUGCGCCUUCGCCGGAACUUGCAGAGGCGAGCAACCUGCGCGAACAUGCGUGUUGGCUGUGGUCCCGACUGGGCGUUUCGCUGAUGUCUCUGGCCGAUCGCAACGCGUUGCUCGAGGACGAGAACAAGCGAUUGAAGCAGGAGCUGGAGACCCUCGACCAGAACAUCCGCAAAACGCAAGAGGCCAUCGAGCAGCAAAGACUGCUGCACCAGAAGGCGCCACAGGUAGAACCGCUGUCCUUGGCUGCGCCUGCGGCGCAACAUGUGCAGCAUGUGCCGAAACCCGAGGGACCCCAGGCACGCUGA